AUGCCGCUGGAGUGCAGCGCGCCCCUGCCCGCGCAUGCGCAUCCCCGCCGUGUGGUGGCGGCGCAGACGGCGCAGAACGCAGAACGGGGGGCUCCCCCUUAUGUAAGCGGCGACCUCGCACCUCAGCUGGCUGCUGCGUGUGGUCGGCGCGCCGCCCCUGCCGCCCCCCGGCGGCCGCGGCCGCUGCGCUGCCGUAUUAUAGAGGCCUCCCGCGGCCGGCGCGCCCAGUCCGAUCUAGAUCCGCCAGCGAGAGUGGUCAGCUCAGCUCUUACUCUCCACUCCUCAGGCUCAGCUGACACCACGCCGCUACACUCGCGCACAGCCGCGGCCAUGACGUGGCCGCCGCCCCCGCUGCUGCUGUCACUGCUGGUGCUGCUGGCGACCUCGGCCAGCGCCCGCUUCGUCUCCACGCACGACGUCACCCCGUGCGCCGUGGAGGCGCUGGCGCCGUCGGACAAGGCGCUGCUCUGCUACUACGAGGGCCGGCUGUCCGUCUACCAGCUGGACCCCUGCCUCUGCACGCACAUCGUCUUCAAGGACGCCGCCGUCGUCUCCGACAACUUCGGGCUCAAGAUCGUCUCUGACGUGUCGGGGGCGUCGCUGCUGCGCGCGCGCAGCCCCUCGCUGCGGACCGUGCUGGGCCUGCGGCUGAGCGGCGCCGUGGCGCGCGCCGCCCUCACCUCGCCGUCGCGACGCCUGGCGCUGGCCCGCGACGCCGCGCGCCGCCUCUACGCGCACCACCUGGACGGCAUCGAGCUCUCCGUGGACGACGACGAGGCCGCCUCCGCCGCCGACGCCGCACCGGCCGCUACCGCGCGCCAGGGGCUGGUCGCCCUGCUCAAGGCUCUCCGCACUACCCUGGACUCUCACGGACGUGAGAAGCGGGACUACCUGGUGUCCGAGCAAGUGUUCGACGACUUCACCACGCAGGAAUACGAGCCCACAUGGUCUGACGGGUCGUCGCGCAAAUCACGUCGGCGAGCGACCACGACGACGACGACGACGUCAACGACUGAGUCCCCCGAGGAGACGGCGGCGCGCUACCUGGAGCUGGAGAGAGACGCACAGAACGCACAGCUGCUGCUCAGCCUGCCCACCAAGCCAGAGACAAUCGCCAAGCGAUACGAUGUCAAGAACAUCACACGAUACGUGGACUACGUGGUGCUGCGGACGCAGGCGAUGACGGACGACAGCGAGCGCGGCCUGGUGUACCACCCCAGCAGGCUGAUGGGUCUGGACGACAUGCUGAACGCGGACGCCGUGGUCGACCUGGUGACGAGUCUGGGCGCGUCGCCGGCGCAGCUGGUGAUCACGCUGCCGGGGCAGGCCACCGCCUUCGAGCUGCGCCGCGAGGAGCGCACCGAACCGAGGUCCCCAGCCUCCGGGGCGCCGAGGACCAUCUCACAGCCGGAGCUGUGCCGCGCGCUGUCCCGCGGCAACUGGACCCUGGAGCGGGACGAGGACCAGACGGCGCCCUACGCCUACAGCGGCCGCCGCUGGAUCGCCUUCGACGACGCGCUCAGCGCCUCCAUCAAGGGCAAGUACGCGGUGGUGCGCGGCCUGGGCGGCACGGCGGUGGACGCGGCCGACGCGCUCGACUGGCAGGGCACGUGCGGCGCGCCGGCGUCCCAGCUGCGGGCGCUGCACAGCGCGCUCGCGCAGCUCCGCCGCAGCUCCCGGGGCGCGCUGCUGCACGGGCUCGAGCAGGACCUGCACGCCGUGCCGCAGCUCGGCUUCACAGGUGAGGUGCGGCUGUCGCAGUACCGCAUCACGCGAGUCGUGGACACCGAGGGCGUGGUGCACGUGGUGCGGCGCGACGUGGAGACGCACUUCCAGUGCUCCAGGCAGGGCUACUACGCCCACCCGCUCGGUUGCAACAGGUUCUACCGGUGCGUGAAGUUCAACCAGUACGCGCGCGACUUCACGGUGUUCGAGUACGACUGCCCGGAGGGCCUGGCGUUCGACGAGCGCUGGGAGGUGUGCGUGUGGCCGGGUUCGCUGCCGCGCGGCGCGCCCUGCUCGGGCUCGUCGGAGAUCGCGCCGGUGCCGCGGCUGCGCUACUCGUGCCCGCGCGCCGAGGGCUACUACGCCGACCCCGAGAACUGCCGCUGGUUCUUCGCGUGCCUGGACCACGCGCGCGACGGCGCCACGCCGCUCACCGCCUACGAGUUCCGCUGCCCCUUCGGACUCGUCUUCGACGAGUCGCGCCUCCUCUGCGACUGGCCCUGGAAGGUCAACGGCUGCGGGCGAGUCGGUGGCUCAUUGCUGGUGGGUGCAGGACCGACAAUCGUAUAUGAGCAAGCUGACGUGGCAGCUGGGCGCCACAUCGCGCCCUAUGCCUCGCUGCCCGACUAUCUUGUUUCUGGAGGUCGUGCCGUGGGUACUGGCGAUGGAGUGGUCCUGGGAGCCACUGUAGGACUGGCCGGAGUUGCCUACGAUGCUGCUGCCCACGGGGCAGCCAUCCACGGUGCUGUCGCAGCCAACAGGGCUGCAGCUCAAGCAGCUGCAGCAAGCCGUGCAGCCGCAGGAGCUGCAGCUCUCAAUCAAGCUGCCGCCCAAGCAGCAGCAAUCGACCAGGCUGCAGCAGUCAACGAGGCAGCAGCACAGGCAGCAGCAUACAACCGAGCAGCAGCAGGUGCUGCAGCAGCCAACCAAGCAGCAGCACAUGCAGCAGCCAUCAACCAGGCAGCUGCACACUCAGCAGCAAUCAAUGAGGCAGCUGCACGGGCAGCAGCAGUCAACCAGGCAGCCGCACAAGCAGCAGCAAUCAACCAGGCAGCAGCAGUCAACCAGGCAGCAGCACAGGCAGCAGCAAUCAACGAUGCAGCUGCCCGAGCAGCAGCAGCCAACCAGGCAGCAGCACAGUCAGCAGCAAUUAACCGGGCAGCAGCACAGGCAGCAGCAAUCAACCAAGCAACAGCACAUGCAGCAGCAGUCAAUCAGGCAGCAGCACAGGCAGCGGCAAUCAACGAUGCAGCUGCCCGAGCAGCAGCAGCCAACCAGGCAGCUGCACAGUCAGCAGCAAUUAACCAGGCAGCAGCACGUGCAGCCGCAGUCAACCAGGCAGCAGCAAUCAACCAGGCAGCAGCACGUGCAGCCACAGUCAACCAGGCAGCAGCAAUCAACCAGGCAGCAGCACAGGCAGCAGCAGUCAACCAGGCAGCAGCACAGGCAGCGGCAAUCAACGAUGCAGCUGCCCGAGCAGCAGCAGCCAACCAGGCAGCUGCACAGUCAGCAGCAAUUAACCAGGCAGCAGUACAGGCAGCAGCGAUCAACCAGGCAGCUGCACAAGCCACGGCCAUCAACCAGGCAGCAGCACAGAGAGCUGCAAUUAACCAGGCAGCAGCACAUGCAGCAGCAGUCAACCAGGCAGCAGCAAUCAACGAUGCAGCUGCCCGAGCAGCCGCAGCUAACCAGGCAGCAGCAAUCAGUGAAGCAGCUGCCCAAGCAGCAGCAGCCAACCAGGCAGCUCUCCAACAGUCUGCAGCCAUUGAAGCCUCGAGACGAGUUGCCGCAAAUGCUGCAGCAGCCCAGCAAGCAGCCAUCAAUGCAGCAGCUGCUGAAGAUGCAGCUAACCGAGCAGCAGCUUACAAUGCAGCAGCUGCAAAUCAGGCCGCACUCAACCAGGCCACAGUUUAUACCCAAGCCGCAGGUCUUCACAGCUCUGCUGCCCGUAUUGCAGCCCAGAACCAGGCUGCUGCCAAUGAAGCAGCUGUCAAUGAGGCAGCUCUGAGGGCAUCAGCUUACAAUCGAGCUGCUGCCGGUGCAGCAGCUGCAAAUCAGGCAGCACUCAAUCAAGCUGCAGUACAGGCUGCUGCAGCCAGAGAAGCUGCUGCACAAGCUGCAGCAGUUAACCAAGCAGCUCUGCAACAGUCUGCAGCGAUAGAAGCAUCGAGACAGGCCGCUUCCAAUGCUGCUGCACGUCAGCAGGCAAUAUUUGAAGCUUACGCACUGCGUCAAGCAGAAGCUAACAGAGCUGCUUACGAUGCUGCUGCGGCCAGUAGACUGUCGACUGGAGUGCCAGUGGUAGGUGCCGUUGUAGAUAAUGUUGCCGCCGUCGGAGCAGGGUACAAUGCAGUAGGCUACGCACCAUCCGUCAAGGGUUCUGCUGUUGUGCUAGACACACAGGCUAGACAAACUGGGCCUGCUGUUAUUGGAGUUACCACCAUAGAUGCAACAGCUGCACAGCAGGCAGCAGCCAAUGCAGCAGCAGCCCAGGAAGCAGCAGCAGUUGCUGCUGCUCAACAGUUGGCAGCACAGCAGGCAGUCGAACAGCAAGCAGCAGCACAACGAGCUGCAGCCGCAGCUCAGCAAGCGGCAGCACAGGCAGCCGCUCGACAGGCAGCUGCACAGCGUGCUGCAGCUGCUGCCGCUCGCCAAGCGGCAGCACAGAGAGCAGCUGAGGAACAGGCGGCACAGCAAGCUGCUGCAGAGGCAGCUGCUCAGCAGGCAGCUGCACAAAGAGCGGCAGCCGCCGCAGCACGACAGGCGGCCGCACAGCGCGCGGCGGCAGCCGCCGCUCGCCAGGCAGCUGCCGAACAGGCUGCUGCACAGCAGUUAGCAGCUCAGCAAGCCGCAGCAGCUGCAGCCUCACAACAGGCUGCCGCACAACGGGUAGCCGCUCAGCAGGCAGAGGCCGCAGCUGCUCGCCAGGCGUACGCCGAACAGGCCGCCGCACAGCAGGCUGCGGCAGAACAGGAGGCCGCUAUCCGGCAGGCGGCAGAACAACAGGCUGCACUACAGAGAACAGCAGCAGCUGCAGCUUCUCGUCAGGCAGAAAGACAACGAGCUUACUACGCCUCAGCAGGAGACGGUCUCGUCGGUGGCAGUGCCUACGUUUCACAGGUGCCAGUGGUUCCUACAGCCGCGUACACUCUCCCCGUAACGACGGUCUUCGGUCGCCGCAUUACUCCGGCUUACACUGCGUCCACAGUGGCGCCUGCGGUGCCGAUCGCUCCUGCAGCCGUAGGCGUGCGCGUUUCCACUCCCGCACCUCCACUCCGUGCUUCGUACUUCCCACCGUCGACUGUUGCUCCAGUAUCACCGGUCAGCCAGGCCGUUCCGGUGGCUGCCGUACAGACUGUCACAGCUGCACCUGUCUAUCGACAACGGUUGCGACCGUUGCCCGCAGUAUCGCCAGCACCUACCUUCGCGCAAGUGGCAGGGUUAGUCACGACACCGGCACCGACCGCUCUCGAGUUCGGAGCUGUCGUGACCCCGGGACCGGCCGUCCGCUUCACACCGGUACAGAGACUGCGCCCAGUGAGCACAGUUCGCCCGGCUGUCGAACGAGUGGCAGCCGUGCGCUACUCCACUGUGGCCCCGGCUGUGGUGGCAGCCCAAGCGGUGCCGACCGGCCGUCUCGCUCAGACCUACUCCACCGUGUCACCAGCCGUGGCCGUCGGUGGGCUCGCACAGCCGUACUCCACUGUGGUUCCGGCCGUGCAGACGUAUUCCACCCCUGCGCCAGUGGCUAUCGAAAACGGAUUUGUACAAACCUACUCCACGGCAGAGCCGGCCGUGGUCGCCGUUACACCUCCGGCGAGAACGCGGCUGCGAACGAGACCCCAGCAGGUGGUGCAGACCUACUCGACUCCGGUGCCCACAUUCGGAAGGGUGACGACGUACGCGGCACCGUCCUCGGGCGUCGACCUCCAGCUGCGACCCAGACAGAGACUGCGCACCUUCUCCACCGUGACCCCGGUCCCUACAGUGGCCGUGACUGGCGAGUCUCUGGCGCCAUUCUCCACGGUGGCGCCAGUGCCGGUGGACGUGACGCCGGCGCUGCGCCUGCGCUCCAGGACCAAGCUGGUGCAGCAGGCCUACUCCACCCCCGCGCCGACGUUCGGCGACGUGCUGGCCACCGUGACGGCGGCGCCAGUGGCCGGGGUGAGGCUGGCAGCGGCGCGUGGACAGGGCGCGCGGCAGUACGCCGCCUCCCAGGCGGCCGGCGCCAGCUACGCUUCCGCCGCAGGAGCCAGGUCUGGAGCGGCACGCGACGAGGUGGCGAGCGCCCUGCUGGACUCAUAUCGGCCGGGACUACUGUCCGGGAGCGACGACUUCGUGGCGCAGACCAUCGCCAAACUGUCGCGUACAGGCGGUGUGACGUCGACGACGGCGGCGCCCGCGCCCGUGCUCACGACGACGCUGAGGCCGGCGGCCGUGGAGGAGGGCGGCGUGCGGCGCGCGGGCAGCCUGCCGCCCGAUACGCCGGUUGUCGUGGUGAGCCGCGUGAGCGACGCCAACCCGCUGCUCGUCGCCAAGCUGGGCGCGCAGUGCGUCUGCAGGGAACCACAGGUGCGCCUGCGCGGCCCAGCGCGCUUCGCCGCGGCGGGCCAGCCACCCGCAGCAGCAGCCGCAGGCCUCCCGCUGGCGGUGACCUCAGCCCCCGCCGCCGUCGUGUCGGUGACGCCGGCCACGCGGCUCUUCACGGCCGCCGCCCCCGCACUGCCUGCCCGCGUCGUCACGGCCGCCCCCGUGCUGGCGGCGGUGCCCGCAGUGUCUGCCCGCGUCGUCACCGCCGCC